AUGGGGAAGAUCACGGAUAAGAUCAAGGAGAAGCUCCGCCACAAGGAGGAGGAGGGAGGAGCCCUUGUGGAGAAGAUCAAGGAGAAGAUCCACCAUUUGGGUCACGGCGAAGAGGAGGGAGGAGGCCUGAGGGAGAAGAUCAAGGAGAAACUCCACAACCUGGGCCACGGGGAGGAGGAGAAGAAGAAAAAGAUGAAGAAGAAGAAGGACAAGAAGGAAAAGAAGGAGGGCGAGGAGGAAGGUGAGGGGGGAGGCGAGGGGGAAGGCGAGGAGGACGAAGAGGAGGAGGAAGAGGAGGAGGAGGGAGGGGAGGAGGGAGGGGAGGAGGGAGGGGAGGAGGGAGGGGGACGCUUCGGAUUUCUCCUCGACUUGCUCGAAUCUGUCAUCGCCGAGUAG